CGGCGGAAGUAGUUGGCCGUGGGGGACGGGGGGGGGAAAAGAUGGCGGCGGUGCUGGAAGUGGAGGUUGGCGGCGCCGUCGAGCGGGACGUGGAGGAGGUCGAUCUUUCGCACUUGUCUCCAGAAGAGAGAUGGAGGGUGGAGCAUGCACGGAUGCAUGCCAAACACCGUGGCCACGAGGCUAUGCAUGCCGAAAUGGUCCUCAUCCUUAUCGCCACGUUAGUGGUUGCACAGCUCCUCUUGGUUCAGUGGAAACAGAGACACCCUCGCUCCUACAAUAUGGUGACCCUCUUCCAGAUGUGGGUAGUGCCUCUGUAUUUCACAAUAAAGCUGUAUUGGUGGCGGUUCUUGGUAAUCUGGGUGCUCUUCUCCGCGGUCACAGCUUUUGUCACCUUCAGGGCGACUCGAAAACCACUGGUACAGACAACGCCCAGGCUGGUUUAUAAAUGGUUUCUACUAAUAUACAAAAUCAGCUAUGCCACUGGAAUCAUUGGGUACAUGGCUGUGAUGUUUACACUUUUUGGUCUUAACUUUUUAUUCAGAAUCAAACCAGAAGAUGCAAUGGACUUUGGCAUCUCCCUCCUCUUCUAUGGUCUUUACUAUGGGGUCCUGGAGCGGGACUUUGCUGAGAUGUGUGCGGAUUACAUGGCCUCAACUAUUGGGUUCUACAGCGCCUCGGGAAUGCCCACGAAGCACCUCUCCGACAGCGUCUGCGCUGUGUGCGGCCAGCAGAUCUUCGUGGACGUCAACGAGGAGGGGAUCAUCGAGAACACGUAUCGCCUCUCCUGUAAUCACGUGUUUCACGAGUUCUGUAUCCGUGGCUGGUGCAUCGUCGGCAAGAAGCAGACGUGUCCGUACUGCAAGGAGAAGGUGGAUCUCAAGAGGAUGUUCAGUAACCCCUGGGAAAGGCCUCACGUCAUGUACGGGCAGCUGCUGGACUGGCUGCGUUACCUGGUGGCCUGGCAGCCGGUCAUCAUCGGACUGGUGCAGGGCAUCAACUACGUCCUGGGCCUGGAGUAAGGGCAGGCGCCGGGGAAGCCGUGGAGCCACGAGAGGACCGAGCCGAGGGCAGAGGACAGCAGCGGGCCGGGGAGGCUGGUUUUUAUCCUUCACCUCUCAGGAUCUUGGCCGCCCUCAAGGACCGCGGUGGCAGGGGCUGAUGGA